AUGGAGGGGGACGUCGAUGGCGUCAUGGAGCGCCCAACCUCGGCUUCCGGAAUGCCUGCCGACGAGCUUCAACGCGAAAAGGACAAGUGGGAUGCGUGGAACUCGCAAACAGGGUUGACUCGGACGGAGGCCAAGAGGAGAUAUAUCGAGGCAUUGAUUGAAACGAUGCACAAAUACGCGACGACGCCAGAUGCCAAAGAACUUGUCGCGGAACUCGAAUUCGUAUGGAACCAGAUCAAGAACAACAGCCCGAGCUCGACCGAUUCGUCGCCGAAAGGAACGGGAUACAACAGCGAACCGCGCCGGUUUACACAACCCUUGAGCGGCUCGGAAGGGCCCAUGAAGAUACUCAGCCCGAUGAGCGAAGAUGACGCUGCCGAACGGGACUCGGACAGAAGACUAGGAUAUAACGAAGGCGUCGAAGAAGACGCGCUCGUACCGAACAGCAACUGGUCACGGAGUGUGGAACGUGCGUUAGAGAAGAUGUCAGCCGAGGUCGCCGCAUUACGAGAGCAAAUAACGACUGGGAGGGAGUGGAAGUCUAGAAAGCAGCGCAGCUUCAUGGCGUGGGUUCGAUGGUUCGUCUGGAUUGUGAUGAAGCAUUUGGCCAUCGAUACCGUUCUACUGGCCUUUAUUUUGCUCUGGAUGCGCAAGCGGAAAGACAGGAGGUUAGAGGACUUGGACGGCAACGGAGCUACCGGAAGCGAUGCGCCAAUGAACAAGUCAGGAUCAUUGACGCCGACCGCGAAGAACAGCCAAGAAGAGGAAGAAGACAUCCCGACAUUUCAGGCGGGCUGUCAGUCCAUGGCCAUGUUCGUCCCCCUAGAGGAAUCCCUCUUCGAGCCCUUCGAAGAACCCAAGACAAAACUCGACCGCCUCAAAGCAUCAGUGGAGAACGUCGAUAAGCAGGCCGCUGGGGUUCAAGAAAACAUAAGAUACAUCUACGAGCGAGAACGCCGCCGCAUAGUGCGGCUCGCAAACAAGUUGGAGGCAGCGAACGGUCUUGUCGAGACCGAUCUCGGCAUUGCUCCUGACGACAGAGCAAUUAUGAUGGCAUACGUCGAAGCAGCAUUCCCGCCGGGAGCCGACUUCAGUACCCGAACGCAGUCCACGUACACAAUACCAGAAAAGCCGCCGACAACAGGCCUCCCGCCCAGGCAGGGUGCCAUAUUGUGGUCUCUCUAUAACACGGGACAGGCGCUCAUCCAGAUGUGCGGUUACAUGGACCUCGCCCAGAAGUUCCUCGACGAGUACCACAAAGAGAUCGAGGAGGAGACUGCGGCACUGGAAGCCCAGAAGGUGGCGUGGACCGGCUAG